CUAGCAUGUCAACCUCCAAUAGGAGCACCUCAGGCACCUCUCACUACACCUCUCGCAAGUGGAGUUAGCUCUCAAUUCGACCAACAAUCGCAAAUAGCCUACCUUCCAGAAAGUCAGAAACCGAGGGAGAACACGCGACCACUUCAGCCAAUCAGUGUAGGACUCGAACACACUAAUUCGAUAGCUGAACCGACUUUAUUGCAACAAGAACAAGGUUUUACUCCAUAUCCAGGUUACAUUCCACCUCCACCUGCACCCGCUUCAAUGUCCGGCCUUCCCACUCUACAGGGAAGCGCAGCAAUGAGUGGUCCCAGUGCAGGUCCAAUCGGAGUGUCUUCUUUGGGAGACGUGGGUAACUCAAUCAUCCCCUCAUCAUCUGAUCAAACUGCUAUGUGUCCAGUUGAGCUGCGAUUUCUCUCGGAUUUCAUAGCUUGCAUCCAGCCGCAACCUUUUGUGCCGAGUAACCAGGAAUCGAUGAGAUGCAACUUCGAAGAUGGCUCCUUCUGCAGGUUCGUACAACCGUAA